AUGCAGCGAUCGGACAAUAAAGAUUACAAUGGUGAGAGUGAUAGUCAGAACAAACCAGAUCUGUGGAAUCCACUGUUUAUGGGGGAAGAAGGAGUAUCCCUGCCGAGGCAGGACCUGCAGGUGCAAGUUGAGGAGCAACAACGGGAACUAGCUCAGCGGGGGCAGCCGGUCCAACAAAACGAGCGGAUGCAACAAUCUCAGCAAAAGCAGCAGCAACAACAAGUUCAGUUUCAGCUUCAAGAUCAGCAAUACAAACCUCAGGUGAAGUUCAAUUUUGUUAACCCUUGGGGAGGUAAUGGAGAGCACACUGAUGCAGCUAUACCACUGGAUAAUGUGAUAGAAGAAGGUUUGCCUCAACCAAGGGACAGCGUGAGUAGUGAAGCAUUCAGGAGGAGGAAAUCGAGUUUAAUAAUACCUCCUGCUAGAGCGCCCGGUCCAAAUCCAUUUGAAUAUGAUGAUGUGAACCAACAUCCUAAUAUAUAUAAUGCGCAACAACCUCAGCAACAGCUAAAACAAAGGAGUGUAUUUGUACCUAAUCAACACAAUCAGCAAUCACAGCAGCGAUUAAACAGUUUGAGGUUCGUUCCAUCUUCUCUUUACACAGGGCAGGAUCCCCAUAGAAGACAAAGCGUUGCCGUUGUGAAUUAUCCUACCACUAAUAAUACUACAAAUACAAUAACGAACAAUGCAAAAACCAAACCACUUGUUAUGAGCACAGGCAACCCAGGUGCAUACCCGUACAGAAGAUUAAGCGCUUAUCCGCCGAGCACAAGUCCAACAACGUCUUUACAACCACCAUACAAGCAAUUGAGAAGAGACGGUAAUGUGCAAGUGCAAUCAAGUAGUGUAGCUACACAAAUUAUCAUUCCGCAAAUGCGUAAAUGUCGUUCCCGAUCAGAAUUGUCACCAAACUUGAACCCCAUCCCGCAGUAUAGACGUGCUUCCCUAAACUCAAAGACAAUUUCACCAUUAAUAGCAUUAACAAAAAGUCUUAUCACCACCUACUCGCUUUGUUCACCCGAAUUUUCGUACCAGACAUCAAAAAAUCCAAAGAGAGUUCUAACAAAACCGAAUGAAGCCAAAUAUAACAACGGAUAUGACAAUAUCAACAGUGAUUACAUUCUGUACGUAAAUGAUAUUUUGGGAACAGAGCAAAAUAGAAAGUAUUUGGUUCUGGAUAUACUUGGCCAGGGAACAUUUGGUCAAGUUGUUAAAUGUCAGAACGUGAUAUCUAGAGAAAUGGUUGCAGUUAAAGUUGUCAAGUCAAGAGCGGAGUAUUUGAAUCAAAGCAUCACAGAAGCUAAGAUUCUAGAACUUUUGAAUACUAAGGUUGAUCCUCUCAAUGAACAUCAUUUCUUGAGGUUACAUGAUACAUUUGUUCAUAAAAACCACCUUUGUUUGGUUUUUGAGCUAUUGAGCAAGAAUUUGUAUGAACUCCUCAAGCAGAAUCAAUUCCACGGGCUAACCAUCCAUUUAAUACGAUCGUUCACCACGCAACUGUUGGAUUCUCUCAGCGUAUUGAAAGACAGCAAACUAGUUCAUUGUGAUUUAAAGCCAGAGAAUAUUCUACUUUGUUGCCCUGAUAAGCCAGACUUAAAGAUUGUCGAUUUCGGUUCCUCAUGCGAAGAAAGAAGAACUGUAUAUACCUAUAUUCAAUCAAGAUUUUAUCGUGCUCCUGAAGUCAUUUUAGGUAUACCUUAUUCAACUAGUAUAGACAUGUGGUCUCUUGGUUGUAUUGUUGCGGAAUUAUUUCUAGGCAUACCAAUAUUCCCAGGCUCUUCCGAGUUCAACCAACUCACACGAAUUGUUAAAUGUCUAGGUUAUCCUCCAACCUGGAUGAUGGAAAUGGGAAAAAAUACCACUAAAUUUUUGAAAAAGACCGACUACGGGGAUGGAACAGCGACUAAUGAUUCAAAAAAAUAUAGAAUAAAAACUGAAGACGAAUUCAACGAAGAGUAUAAUACUAAUGAACAACCUAGUAAACAGUAUUUCAAAUGGACUACUUUACCUGAAGUCAUAAAACACUAUCGACUAUCGAAGAAGAUUAAGGGAAAUCCCAUUCUCAUUGAACAAGAAAUGCGCGACAGGGAUUGUUUAACGCAUUUCCUAGCAGGCAUUCUCAACAUAAAUCCUUUAGAGAGGUGGACACCGCAGCAGGCAGCCAUGCAUCCGUUUAUAACUCAACAACCUUUUACAGGAGAAUGGUAUCCACCUGGAUCAUUACACGGUCUCUCUUCUUCGGCUGGGGAAUCAACAUCUGGAAUCCCCAAGAGACCUAAAAACAUUAGGCACCCUUCUUUGCAAGAGGGCACUGCAAGAGAAUUCAAUAAAUUACGCAUAGUCGAGGACUAA